UUCCCUUCUCCUUUUUUUUUAGAUGCUCCACUACAGUGUGACAGUGAUUCGAACAAAUAAGUUCCGGGAAAUGGAAAACCAAGAACCAACCCCGACCCAACCAAAUCAACGACUCGGCUCGCCGAGUCAAGAACUGCCCUCGACUUCUUCUAAUGAACAAACUCAGAAACGGAACCGCCCUGAAUCACCGCAACGCAAAAGCGACGAUUCUGCUCAAUCCCCCAAACGGUCGAGAAACGGCAGCCUUCCUCCGCAGUCGUUUCCUCAAGAAAUAAUUUUUGAAAUCCUCUUGAAUUUGCCCGUUCAAUCCCUCCUCCGUUUCAGGUGUGUUUCCAAACCCUGGAAAUCCCUCAUAGCUGACAAUUUCUUCAUCAAAAAGCACCUCAAAAGAGCCCAAAACGACCCCGAAUUCUCCAAAAAGCGAGUCUUAAUAAACACUUCAAGCAUCCAAACUGGAUCCAGCAUCAAAUCAUGCUCCCUUAAGUCUAUAUUCGAAGACCCAAAUGUUAAUACCACGGAAAUCGAAUACCCAUCGAAGAAAGCUUCUCGUUAUGAUUGGAUUGUGGGCUCAUGUAAUGGCUUGAUUUGCAUAGCUAUUAGAGAAGAUACAGUCCUUUUAUUAAACCCGACUUUAAGGGUUUCCAAAAGGUUGCCUGAUUUAGGGUUUAAGAAAAGGAGGGGUUGCUAUACUGUUUAUGGGUUUGGUUUUGAUGCUUCCGGUGAUGAUUAUAAAGUUGUUAGGGUUUUUUGUUAUCAAAGUAAGGGCUUUGAAGAUGGUUACGAGAGUAUAGUUAGGGUUUAUUCAAUGAGAACUAAUUGUUGGAGAAGGAUUCAGGAUUUCCCGUUUGGGGUCCCUUUUAGUGAAGCUGGGAAACAUGUGGAUGGGACUUUGAAUUGGGCUGUUUUAAGUAGACAAUAUAGGGAUUUUUCGUGUACUAUUGUCUCCCUUGAUUUGGCUCAGGAGACGUAUAAGGAAGUGACCCAACCGUGCUAUGGCAACGGUGCAGGUGAAAGGAUAUUAGGGGUCUUGGAUGGAUGUCUAUGUGUGCUUUGUAGUUAUGGGAGAUUGUAUGCUGAGGUUUGGGUUAUGAAAGAAUAUGGAAAGAGAGAGUCUUGGACUAAGCUGGUUACUAUUCCAUACACACCGAUUCCUGGGUAUGAAAUGUUUUUGACACCUUUAUCUGUAUCGAAAAGUGGUGAGAUCUUGUUGCGUUUUGAGGUGAAUAUGCUUCUGUACAAUCCCGAGAAGAAUAUGUUCAGGAUUCCCAUGUUUCCUUAUGAUGCUUUUUCUUAUAUUGAUCAACAAGAAGUCUAUGAAGAGAGCCUUGUUUCGCCGACUGUAGUCAAUCAGCAUAGAUGAAUGGUGUCAAUAGCUAACAAAGAUAAAGAUAGGAACGUAAAAGGAGUACUUGAUUUGGAAUAUGAUUCAUUUAAUUAAAUCUUUAAGAUGGGCUGCAGGUUGCAUUGUUUGUCGAAAAGUAUAACUCCCAAUUUGGGCUACUGAUGGAGUUUUUGCAUGUUCAGCUACAAACUUUCCUCACUGUUUCGGUCAGUUUCGGUCAUUGUUGUUUUCACUCUUAAACCUUCUUGUUGAUUAGGUUACAGUUAGUUCCACUUUCUGAUAAUUUUCACUCAAAUCGUGUCAUGUUUUUUAGCGUUGCAAUAUGUUUGUCACUGUGUAAAUCUGUCACUGAUUAUUUUCAACUUGUUCUGCUAAUGUAGUUUUAACUUUGAAUGCUGUUUUGCUGUAUACAUAUUAGCAGGCACUGUGUAGUUAUAUGUUUCAAAUUAGAUGUAAGAGUAUGUUUUUUCUUAUCAAUCUAAUUGCAGAUGUAAUUUGUUUCUCUGCUGUUCUGUUUGAAAUUUAAGCUUCCUUCAAUCAA